AUGCCGUCGGCGGGGCCGCCGGCGCAGCCGCCGCCGCCGUGGAGCAGGAUGGAGGGGCAGGUGGUGCUGGUGACGGGCGCCUCCUCCGGCAUCGGCCGCGACUUCUGCCUCGACCUGGCGCGCGCCGGCUGCCGCGUCGUCGCCGCCGCCCGCCGCGCCGACCGGCUCCGCUCGCUCUGCGACGAGAUCAACGCCUCCGCUGCCGCCCAAGGCCCCCGCGCGGUGGCCGUGGAGCUCGACGUCGCCGCCGGUGGCUCGGUCCUGGAGGCAGCGGUGCAGAGGGCCUGGGACGCCUUUGGCCGCAUCGACGCCUUGAUCAACAACGCCGGCAUCCGAGGUGCAGUGCAUUCUCCAUUAGAUUGGCCUGAGGAUGAGUGGGACAGAGUCAUCAAGACGAACCUUACCGGAUCAUGGCUCGUGGCCAAACAUAUCUGUCGACGCAUGCGUGAUGCCAAGCUAAAUGGUUCAGUGGUUAACAUCACCUCUAUUGCUGGUCUUAACCGCGGCCAUCUGCCUGGCUCCACUGGAUAUGCAUCCUCAAAGACUGCUGUGCAUUAUGCCACCAAGAUUAUGGCUUUGGAAUUGGGCGUGUAUGGCAUCAGAGUGAACUCAAUUGCGCCUGGACUUUUCAAGUCAGAGAUAACUGCUCCUCUGUUUCAGAAGAGGUGGUUGAGCACUGUUGCUUCAAAGAUAGUGCCGCUUAAGGAGCAUGGCGCUAUUGAUCCUGCAUUGAUGUCGCUGGUUCGCUUCCUGAUCCAUGAAGCAUCGUCAUAUGUGACUGGCAACAUCUUCAUUGUAGACUCAGGUGCCACCAUACCUGGUGUUCCGAUAUUCUCCUCCCUGUAA